AGAUACCUGCCAACUGCCAGGAAAGGAUAUCACUGAAUGUGAACCAGCAAAAAAUCUAAAUUGUGUCGUUUCAAGAAGGUGUCGUGCAUUCAACGAACUAUUUCAUGUAUGUUCUGAAACGAAAUGACUGCUUUGUUGAAUAUAACUGCAAACUCCACAGAUUUGGGGUAUGACGGUGAGAACCUCUUUCACGUAAUUCUUCAAACAGUUCAGACUAUCCUCUUCUCAAUAGUAUGUAUGGUUGGAUUAGUAGGAAACACCUUAGUCAUAUACGUCGUCAUCCGUUUCUCAAAGAUGCAAACUGUGACGAACAUGUACAUCGUGAAUUUGGCCAUAGCAGACGAAUGUUUCCUCAUAGGAAUUCCAUUUCUAAUAGCUACCAUCCUGCAUCGUAAAUGGAUAUUCGGAAAUUUUGCUUGCAAAGCCUACAUGAUAUCAACCAGUAUCAAUCAGUUCACCAGCUCUAUUCUACUUUGCAUCAUGAGCGCCGACAGAUAUAUGGCCGUUUGUCACCCCAUAUCAUCCCCAAGAUGGAGAACACCCCUCAUUUCCAAAGUGGUGUCGUUACUAGCAUGGACAUUUAGCAUCGUUCUCAUAAUUCCCAUCAUCCAAUAUUCUUCAGAAGUAGAAUACGACGGAAGAAAGUCAUGUGUAAUCGAAUGGUGUGAUGAUGAUGACAACUCCACCUAUUAUGACGAUUAUAACGACAGCUCAUAUGUUGAUUUCAACUAUUCUGCUUAUGACAACCAAACUUUGGAAGCAGAACCUGUUGGUCCGAAAAUAUUCACUUUGUAUACUUUUUUCUGCAGUUUUGCUAUACCUCUAAGCCUCAUUCUGAUAUUUUACUGGUUGGUCAUAAAGAAACUCAAAACGGUGGGACCAAAAAACAGAUCGAAGGAGAAGAAAAAGUCGCAUAGAAAAGUCACCAAUUUGGUUCUGACGGUGGUCACCGUAUACGUCAUUUGUUGGUUGCCGUAUUGGAUAACACAACUUGCACUAAAUGGCAGUGAUGGUUUAUUUUCGACGACAUUGCACGUCCUCGUUUCGUGUCUGAGCUACUCCAAUUCAGCUGUAAAUCCGAUACUUUAUGCAUUUCUGAGCGACAACUUCAAAAAGAGUUUCUUGAAAGCAUGCACUUGUGCUGCCAACAAAGAAGUCAACGCAACGCUGCACCUUGAAAACAGCGUGUUUCCAAAGAAGAAUAAACAAAUUUCUGAAAGAUUCAAGUCAAGCAAACACAAAGGAACCUCUCUCUGCAUCAACAACGAUGACGAAUGUGACGCUGGACCACUAGUUAGCAAAGGAGAUGCAUCAACAUCAGCCAUAACGAUGACGAGUCGUAAUACUACUCUCUGUGAUAGCAGAGAUAACGUUUCGAAAAACAAUUUGAUGAAAAAUGGCGGAUCCCCUGCAUCCCAACCAACUAGUUUAUAAAUUUUUGGUAGUGUGACUUUUUUAUGUGAAAUGAAAGAUAAUUCGUGCUUAAUAGAUAUGGAGGAGACUGAACAGAAGGUUGUAUGUUUCUGAAUGUUACCCACUCGUUUUAACUGAAUGUAAAAAAUAUGUUUAUAAAGAGAAAGAAUAUUCAUGAGAGCCGUCUGUUACAAUAUGAUGUCAUCAAUUUCAGGUGGUGGUCAUACUUUAUGAAAAAACGUUCAUAUGAACGUCUGUCCUAACUUGCUUCGUUUCCGAAUAACGAAAUGUCAAAUUUUACUGAAAAUAUUGUUAUUUUAAUAAUAGUUCAAAACUAUUUUCGCCGAUUUAAUUGAAACUAGGUACGAAUGCACUUAAUUGAAAAAUAUAUUCAUUUAAUUGUUUAAGCUAGAUUAAGAUUUCAUACAGAUGCCUUGAAAACAAAAUCUGAUCUAGUUGAUUGCGUAAGAUAUUCAAUAUCUUCUCGCGCAAGAUUAUCUAUCUACUUUGUAUCCGCGGCAAGCCUCUUAUUCACAGUAUGUCUUAGAUCAAACAAUAAAACAAAUUAGUUUUUAAUUUUAAGUGCGUUUGUAUGAAGCUCUUUUUCAAAAAUAUUUCCCCAUUUCUACUUCACUGACUCUGAUUCGAUAAAGUAAAGCUAUUUCAAAUAAUAUCAAACUUAGCGAAAAUAGUGGCUCACAAUGAUUUUGUCCGUUAAUAUCAAUCAAGUAACUGUCUGCGCCGCCACUGGAAUUAACAUUCCAAAUCUAUUUUCAUAAAGAUAAGCUUCUUGUUACUCACAAUAAAC